AUGGCGAACUCAGAUAAUCCAACGAAACCGGUCCAUAUCCUCUUCGUUGGCGCUGGAGCAGUAGGCUGCUUCUACGCAUCCCGACUCCACCAUCCUUCGCACAACAUUCACACCUCCCUUAUCGCCCGAUCCAAUUACUCAGCUAUCGCCGCCUCUGGAGUCAUCUUGGAGACUCAUUCAUUCGGCGAUUAUACUUUUUCGCCCUAUGCCGUGUUUCCCUCCAUUGCGCAUGCCGUUCCGACCCCAUCGGCUACAACCAAUCCCGCGCCUACACGGCAAUCCCCGAGAGAUGGUUGGGACUAUAUCAUAGUGACGACCAAAGCUCUCCCCGACCGGACCGACGACGCAGCUACAGUCGCACCGCUAGUUUCCGCCAAGACUUGUAUAGUGCUGAUACAAAAUGGCGUAGGCGUAGAGGAGCCAUACCGUAAGCGCUUCCCGCAAAAUCCGAUAGUGAGCGCUGUUACCGUCAUUAGCGCCGAGCAGAUCAGGAAUGGCGUCGUACGGCAGAACAGGUGGACGAGAAUUAGCCUGGGACCGUACGGUAGCGGACUCGGCACACCGCCUGACCCGAACGACGAGCUAAGCGAUGUAGUGAAACAAGGCCACCAGCGCAUGGAUCAGCUAGCGCGGUGGUGGACUCAGCAUGGUGGUAUCCGCGAUGUUGAGACGCACACUGAGCUCGAACUACAGACUAUUCGAUGGCACAAGCUCUGUAUCAACGCCGCCUUCAACCCCACAGCCGUGCUAUCCGGUGGCCGCGGAAAUGCUGACCAGCUGACCGACCCUGAACUGCGCGAGCACAUUCAGGGCGUCAUGGACGAGAUCUGGAACGCCGCACCCAAGGUUCUGGGGAAACCUUUCCCAGAUAACUUGGCCAAGCCUGAGAAGAUCAUCAGCAGUACCGAAAGGAAUGCCGGCGCUAGGCCCAGCAUGCUACUUGAUUGGGAGGCUGGCCGACCCAUGGAGCUUGAAGUCAUACUUGGGAAUCCGAUUAGGAUUGCCAGAAGAGCUGGCGUAGAUAUGCCUAAGCUACAGACAUUGUAUGCGUUGCUGAGGAGCAUGCAGAAAGUCCGGGAGGAUCAAAAGGCUAAAGGAAAGUUAUAG